GGUAGUAUGCGCUUUCGGAUCCAGGCUCGCGCAUAAGCACACAGCUGCGUGCAAGAGGAGCUGCGCAGGCGCGUGGAGCUUCGAGCCACCAGCUACCGGGCCAACAUGGAGAGAAAAGUUCUCGCCCUCCAGGCCAGGAAGAAAAGGGGCAAAGCCAAGAAGGCAACCAAAAAGCCAGUUCAUCAACCGAGAGGAGUGUCGCAGCAGCAGCAGCUCCUCCCUACAGAACCUCAGCAGCAGGAGCCUGAUGAGGAGAUUCUGGGAUCCGAUGAUGAAGAGCAGGAAGAUCCUAACGACUACUGCAAAGGUGGCUACCACCAUGUGAAAAUAGGUGACCUGUACAAUGGGAAGUACCAUGUGAUUCGUAAGCUGGGCUGGGGCCAUUUUUCCACUGUGUGGCUUGCCUGGGACAUUCAAGGGAAGCGAUUUGUGGCAAUGAAAGUGGUGAAGAGUGCAGAGCACUAUACAGAGACAGCCCUGGAUGAGAUAAAGCUGCUGAGAUCUGUAAGGAACACUGACCCUGAUGAUCCAAACCGAGAGAUGGUGGUUCAGCUGUUGGAUGACUUCAAAAUCUCUGGGGUCAAUGGAACUCAUGUGUGCAUGGUAUUUGAAGUGUUGGGACACCAUUUACUCAAGUGGAUUAUCAAGUCUAACUAUCAAGGUUUACCCCUCCCUUGUGUCAAAAGCAUCAUUCAACAGGUUUUGCAGGGCCUUGACUACUUACACACAAAGUGUAAGAUUAUCCACACAGAUAUAAAGCCAGAGAACAUUCUGAUGAGUGUGGAUGAGUCAUAUGUGAGAAGACUGGCAGCUGAAGCCACAGAGUGGCAGAGAGCUGGCGCCCCCCCUCCCUCUGGAUCAGCAGUGAGUACAGCACCAGUACCUAAACAAGCAUCCAAAAUGUCGAAGAACAAAAAGAAGAAGCUGAAGAAAAAGCAGAAGCGACAGGCAGAGCUGCUGGAGAAAUGCAUUCAGGACCUGGAAGAAAUGGAGAAUGGGCUUGAGGGUGCAGAAGAGGAGGAGGAUGACCCACAAUCUCCUAAGUCACCUAUUUGUGCACCUCUUAGACAUGCCUCUAUGCAGGACAUUGGUGAAGAGGAAGUAAUAGACCCAGGUAACCCUAGAGAGCGUCUGACCUCGGUUGCCUCAGAUGAGCUCAACUGUAAUGGCUUCCUGCCUGGCAGCAAAGCACCACCUGACGAAGAACUAGAUCAAGUCAAGGAACUGCAGCUGAAGCAGGAGGACCAGCACAAUGCUAAUGCAGGACCUUCAAGGGACCUGUCCCAGAGCCCUUAUGAGUACUGUAACGGGCUGUACUCUGAUGAACCUGGUCAGAGCCAUAGCAAUGGAGAUGUGAGGGAGGAGGGAGAAGACGACAAACUUCAAGGAAGGCCAGUGCCUGCCAGAGACAAGCAGUCCUCACCACAGAAUGCCAAGCAGGCAGCAGGGAACCUUCUAGUCAAUCCCUUGGAACCGCUAAAUUCAGACAAGAUCAAGGUCAAGAUUGCUGACUUGGGCAAUGCAUGCUGGGUGCACAAACACUUCACUGAGGACAUACAGACGAGGCAGUAUCGCUCCCUGGAGGUACUGAUUGGUGCAGGUUACAGUACACCAGCUGAUAUAUGGAGCACAGCUUGUAUGGCAUUUGAACUGGCCACUGGGGACUACUUGUUUGAACCCCACUCUGGUGAAGAUUACUCCAGAGAUGAAGAUGCUGCAUUGACUCUCGACUUGAGAAAACGCAGUGGACCAACACCAGCAGAUGACAUGGCACCCCAAAUCAUCACUGACUCUAGAAACUUCACAUUGGACUUCAAGCAAAUUGGAUUUUGUGCCUGUCCAAUCUUCCUCCAGACUCUGGGACCUUGAUUUCCAAAUGAAAUGCAAAAUUUACUUUCAUCUUCCCCACGACUGUGGUUGUGUACUGAACCAGACUGAGAGAUUGGAGGCUCAGGAAACCUUUGCAGGUGUUUUGAGUUAAUUACCUGAUUAGAGCUUUUCUCAGGUCAACAUUUCUGUCUUGUAACCAAUAUUUUGAGAUACUGUAUUUUUGGUUUCCAUGAGAUGUAAGCUGUAAUCAUCAAGAUUAAAACAAGAAAAGUCUUGAAAUAUUUCACUUUAUGUUUAAUGAUUAUAUAUUAUAAAGUUCCACUUUUUGAAUUAAAUUACAGAAAAAAUGAAUUUUCACUUUUUUUUUUUUUAGAUGCACCUGUAUGCCUACUGUAAGUUCUUCAAUUCAGCAGUACCUCUCCUGAUAUGACUAAUCAAUGAAGAUUAAGAAUAAUUAAUAACUUGCUUAAUAAUAUCUUGCAAUAUGCAGUAUACUAAUGAAUUGUGAUCACAUCACAUACUGUGAUCCAAGCUACAUAUAUUGAGUAUUUGACUCUGUUUUUUUUGGUUCCAGCACAACACUGAGACUUAUCAUUACAAAAUAUAAUGCUGCUGUCUGUAUUCCUGUGUCUCUUUCCCUUCUAACAGAGCUACAAUAAAAUCUGAACGA